AUGACAACACACUUGGACGACGUCCCGCCAGGCGUCAACCCGGCUCUCUGGAACGAGGACUUGGUCAACGAAGAUCACGUCGCCGCAUUCGCACGCGCACUCGAGCUCAGCGACCAUGCUCCUCAGGAAGGCGACGCGUCCCCCCUCUCACCAAAGUCGCCACCCUCAGUCCCCGCCGAUGCGCCAGAGUGGAAGACCAACAUCCACGGCGUCAGUGCCACCUCGGACUUUGCUCCGAUCCACCAGCGCGUGAAGAAGCGCCGACAACACUCGAGUAACCAGAGUCUGGGGUUGACGUACCACAUUAUUCGAUGGCCGUUACUCGGCUUCAUCUUCCUCGUCAUCUGCCUCGAGUUUGGCACGUACGUCUUCAUCCGCCAGAUUGUAAACGUGCUGGAAUGGGGCAUCGCCUGGCGGGGUCACAAGGGUGUGAUCCGUCGCAAGCUGCGCGCGGCCAAGACGUAUGAGCAGUGGGUCGACGCGGCCAAGGAGAUGGACGACUAUCUCGACUUUGACGAAUGGAAGACGGACAACGAGGGCGAAUCAUACUUUGACGCUCCACUCGUGCGCCGUGUCCGGUCCACCUUGUCUCGUCUCCGUGCUGCCAAGGACACGCGUGGGCUCAUGGAGGCACUUUCAAUCUGCGUUCGGCCCAACUUUGCCGGAACAGAGUCUCCAAGAGUCUAUUCAGAGACGUACUAUGGUACAAAGAGAGUCAUUGAGGCGCACGUACACGAAGUGGCGGCCUGCCUCGACUUUGUGCGGACGUCGACGGACGUCAGCCUCGAGGAGAAGCGUGCAUUCUACCGCGACAUUAACCGCAACUAUGGAUCCAGCGCACUCUGCCUCAGCGGAGGCGCGUCGUUUGCGUACAACUCGUGGGGUGUUGUGCGUGCGUUCUUGGACGCAGACCUGCUCCCUCGCGUCAUUACCGGAACCUCGGCUGGUGGUCUCGUGGCGGCCCUGGUAUGCACGCACACCAACGACGAGCUCAAGCAACUCAUUCGCCCCGAGCUGGCCGACAAGAUCACAGCGUGCGAGGAGCCGUUUACUACGUGGGGAAAGAGAUGGUGGGAGACCGGUGCCCGGUUUGAUGCCAUCCUCUGGGCCAGAAAAGUGAGUUUGGCGUCUGAUGUCGUUGCUAACUCUCAGUCCAUGUUCAUGACUCGCGGCUCUCUCACAUUCAAGGAAGCCUACGAGCUCACCGGCCGCGCCCUUAACAUUUCUGUUGUUCCUUCCGAUGUCCACUCGCCCACCAUCCUCCUCAACCACCUCACGGCCCCCAACUGCGUCAUCUGGUCCGCCAUUAUCGCCUCUGCGGCUGUGCCCGGUAUCUUGAACCCCAUCGUCCUCAUGGCCAAGGACCGCGACGGAAACCUCAAGCCACACAACCUGGGCGGCUCGCGGUUCAAGGACGGUUCUAUUCGCGAAGACAUUCCCCUCGGAUCGCUGCACACGCAGUACAAUGUCAACUUUUCGAUCGUCUCCCAGUGCAACCCCCACGUCCACCUCUUCUUCUUCGCUGCUCGUGGAGCUGUUGGCCGCCCCGUCGCUCACCGCCACGGCAAGGGCUGGCGCGGUGGCUUCAUUCUUUCCGCUCUUGAGAAAUACGUCAAGUACGACCUGUCCAAACACGCCAAGAUCAUUCGCGACCUGAACCUCAUGCCACGCCUGUUGCAGACAGACUGGGGGAGCGUGUUCACCCAAAAGUUUGAGGGUGACAUUACCAUCAAGCCCACCUCGACAGUGAUGGACUUUGUCCACAUUCUCGACGACCCAGACCGCGACGAGAUGGCUCGCAAGAUUGCUAUUGGCAAGAAGGCCGCCUUCCCAGUCCUGCACAUGGUUGACAACCGCACCAAAAUCGAGCGCGCGAUUCUUCGCGGACGUGCCGAGUGUCGUCUGGCAGUCACUCGUGACCGCCCGAACACGGACGAGGCAGAGGUGCCCCGCAUCAUCACGCCUGUGCCCAUCGAGAGCGAUGCCGACACGGGCUUUGCCCAGCGGUCCAAGAAGAAGAAGGAGGUUGGGCUUGAAAUGGCCAUGCGCCGUCGUCGGGGUUUGCGGCGGAGCAACAGCCGUCCCGAGGACCGGACCACUGGUGUCGAGGACACCAUUGCCGUGCAGGUUCCAUUGAACGACAUCAGUGCCGUCAACGGCGGCGCACUGCAGCCCCCAGCUGCUCGUUUUUUCCGCCAGCCGCGGUCGCUGUCGCGUUUCUUUGGAUCGCCCACGACAUCGGAAGACGACGACGACACGCCCGGCAUGGCGAGCGAGGCGCCGCAUUUCGCCCUCGACUCGUUUGACCGUGACAGCGACGCCGAGCUGUUCCUCGCGUCCCACCCGCACCCGGAGGACAAUGGGUCAGCAGGGACGACACACGUGGACGAGAAUGAAGAGGACGAACAGUACGACGGCAACGAUCACGAGUAG